AGUUGAAAUUGCUUUUGCCGACUGUGAAUAAAAUCAUUUGUGAAACGUUUUGCCGCUUGACGGAUGAAGUUAUUUUAUGAGAUUUCAAAACUUUCGUCUAAAAACAUUUACAAACUUAGUUUAUUUGAUGGGUAGUGAUAACAGUGCAUUAAUAUUAAGUUUUCUACCAAAAAUUUGGAAAAAAGUCUGAAUUUGACUGUAUCAAAUUCCAUUGGCUUACCUUUAUAGAUGUUGAAGUAUAGUGCAAUGUGAUCACGUAAUGGCGGGUAAGGCGUUACAGUGGAAAUUGGUGGCGAAUCCUACUGGACCUCAGCCCCGUCCAAGACAUGGACAUCGUGCAGUUGCAAUUAAAGACUUAAUGGUAGUCUUCGGGGGCGGUAAUGAAGGAAUAGUUGAUGAACUUCAUGUUUAUAACACAGCAACAAAUCAAUGGUUUGUUCCUGUGACAAAAGGGGAUGUACCCCCAGGAUGUGCUGCGUAUGGUUUUGUAGUUGAUGGAACUAGGCUCUUGGUUUUCGGAGGAAUGGUAGAAUAUGGAAAAUAUAGUAAUGAACUGUAUGAAUUGCAGGCUUCCAAAUGGGAAUGGAAAAAAUUGAAGCCAAAGCAACCAAAACUUGGACCUCCUCCUUGUCCAAGAUUGGGGCACAGUUUUACUUUAGUAAAUUCAAAAGUGUACCUGUUUGGUGGUUUGGCUAAUGACAGUGCUGACCCCAAAAACAAUGUUCCCAGAUACUUGAAUGAUCUUUAUACAUUAGAUAUUCGCAGUAAUCCUGUGCAAUGGGAUAUCCCUCAGACAAAUGGGCCAGCUCCUCCUCCUAGAGAAUCUCACACUGGAGUGGCUUAUAUUGAUAAAAAGAAAGGACGUUCAUUUUUAGUUAUUUAUGGCGGUAUGAGUGGAUGUAGAUUAGGAGACUUGUGGAUUCUAGAUACAGAAACGAUGACUUGGGUAAAGCCACAAGUAUCUGGAAUAACUCCACUUCCAAGAUCUUUGCACACAUCUACUCUAAUUGGUCACAGGAUGUUUGUUUUUGGAGGCUGGGUUCCACUUGUAGCAGAUGAAGUAAAAACUGCUACUAAUGAAAAAGAAUGGCAGUGUACAAGCACAAUGGCUUGUUUAAAUUUAGAAACAAUGAAUUGGGAUGAACUGGAUAUUCAAGUCGAAUCGGAAGCUAACUUACCAUGUGCCAGAGCAGGUCAUUGUGCAGUAGGGAUUAGCACUAGACUCUACAUAUGGUCAGGCCGAGAUGGAUACCGAAAAGCAUGGAAAAAUCAAGUAUGCUGCAAAGAUUUGUGGUACCUCGAAGUAGAUGUCCCUCCAGCACCUACUCGAGUAGCAUUGGUUAAAGCAGGAACCCAUAGUCUUGAAGUUAACUGGACAGGCUCUCCCUCAGUUCAGCAUUACAUUUUACAGAUUCAAAAAUAUGAUUUACCUCCACCUCAGGCCUCUUCUACUCCAAAGCUUCCACCAGCAUCUUCUCUAGCAAGUACCAAUCAAACAAUUUCGCCUCUAGUGAACACGUCUUCAAGCAAUUCACCUACACCCACAAUUGCGAAAACAGCUCCAGUAGUCAACCAAAUACUUUCACCAAAAAAUGUUUCACCACUUGCAAAAGGACCUCCAGUCAAGAUUCAAAGUACUGCUGGCACUAUAAUUCGUCAAACAAGCCCGCAGGUAGCUGGAAAACAGUUAAUCGUAAAACAGGGUGGAAAUAUUAUACAAAAAGCUGGUGUUCAGCAACAAGUUGUCACUUUGGUUAAAACUAGCACAGGUAUGACAUUGGCAACUUUGCCAAAAGGGGGUAAUAUUGUACAAGGUAAAACUAGUGUCUUACCUCAGCAACCUAAAAACACUAUUGUGAAAAUUGUUCCCAGUAAUCCAGCCAACAAAGUGCUCACAACUCUAAAAACUAUUCCUUCAAAUAUGCUGCAAAUGAAUAAAGCAACUGGAAAAUUGGUUCUUUCAAAAGGAGCUGCAGGACAAAUUCCAACAAUAGGUAACCAGCAAGUAUUGGUAGUUAGCUCUAAUGCUGGUUUAAAAAAUAUACAAACGUUUACCAACGCCCAAGCAGUUAAUUUAGGUAAUGUAAAAACUACUUCUAUUAACGCUCAACCAGUUGUUACUGCUUCAUCUCUAACCAGCCUACAGGGUGUUAAAAUUGGUGGAAAACCUAUAACUAUUUCUAUGCCCAUGCAAGUUGUAGGAUCUCCAAAAACAGUUACACUUUCUAAAAAUACAAAACAGGUAAUGAUUGGAGGCAAGCAAGUCACAGUUCAAAUGGCUACUGGUGGUAACAAAACCUUGACAUUGGUGCAACCUAAUCAAGCUGGUGUGAGCAAGAUAGUGCGAUUACCUAUCAGUUCAACAAUUAAUCAAUCAAAUAGUGUAGAACAACCUAAAUUGAUGGUUGUAUCAAGACCCAAACAACCCACUGCUACCAUUGCCUCAACGUCAUUUGACGGUCCAGCUACAACAGAUGCUGCCUUAGCGGCUUUAGCAGCAGAGGCGGGUCUUAUAGAUCCAGAGCCAGAAAAACUUGGGUCCAUAAAAACAACAGAUGGAAAUGAAACUGAAAGCACUGAUAAGUCAUCAAUUGAUUUAUCGGAUGAGACAGGUAAUUCACAAGAUGCCAUUUCUGUAACACCAAUGGAAACCACAGCAGGACUUUUGGGAGGUGGUUUCAUUAUGCCAAAACUUGGUCUAAAAGGUGGUUCAAAAGUACAGAGACCUCCUAAAGGAUUUAGGUAUCGGUUAGGAUUAUAUGGUGGUAGUAAAGAUGAAUUAGAUAAUGAAAUGAAACCUUCCACAACUACAGCAGAAGCUGAUUCUACAGAAGCUGCUGUCAAUGGAGCACUGAAACAAGCCGAAACAGAGGAGCGUGAAAAAAUGGACUGUGAUGUGGAAGGUAAACCAGAUUUAACAGAUGAAAAAAAUGAAGACCCUGAUAUCAGUUCUGAAGAAAACAUGGAGAACAACGAUACAAAUUCAGAAUCAUCAAAAAUGGAAGCUGAUAGUGGAUUAGAGUCCACUUCUGAAUCAAACAUUUUAAAACCCGAAGAAACGCCUGAAGAGCUAAAAAAAGAAGAUACUCCAAGUGAAGAUCCUUUAGCUGCAUUAGCUUCGGCUGCUUUGGAUCAUUCUAAAGAAAUUAAAAAGACUGAAAAUAAUAAUGUGAAUGACCCUGAGCAUCCCGCUAAAGACACUUGGUAUACUGUUGGUUUUAUUAAAGGAAGUAGUUGUGAUGUACAAAGUUACUUUUUAUUAAACGAUGAUACUGCUGAUCUGUCAUUAGACAAUUUACCUGAAACUCUUAACUAUCCAUCGAUCAAUUUGGAACCAGGGACUGCUUACAAAUUCAGAGUGGCUGGAAUCAACUCCGUUGGUCGAGGCGAAUGGAGUGAGGUAUCCGCGUUUAAGACAUGUCUACCUGGUUUCCCAGGGGCACCCUCUGCAAUCAAAAUCGCCAAGUCCGGAGAUGGCGCUCAUCUUUCUUGGGAACCACCAAGUGCCAAUCAAGGAGAAAUUCUUGAAUAUUCUGUCUAUUUGGCUGUGCGAGGAAAGGAUAAGGGAAAUCCUCCUGGUCAAUUAGCAUUUGUAAGGGUGUAUUGUGGGCCAAGCAAUCAGUGUGUUGUGAGUAACACUUCCCUAUCUGCCGCCCACUUGGACACAACGACCAAGGCUGCAAUCAUUUUUCGUAUUGCUGCUAAAAAUGACAAAGGAUAUGGACCUGCCACUCAGGUUAGGUGGUUACAAGAUCCUCAAUCAACCAACAAGGCCACAAAACGUCUACCCGAAUCACAGCAACAAAGUGUUAAAAAAAUUAAAUAUGAUAAAGAUGAAAUGUAAAAAUAUAGGGACAAGUGUGAUACGUAAAUGAUGCUUAGUGUUGAGUCAAAUGGAAAAUUUAUUUGUUGAUUAACUUGACGAAAGUUUAAGGUUGGAAUCGAAAAAGUCUCUAGUUGGGUGUAAAAUUUACUAUUAACAUUUAAGAGUGUUUUACAACUUUGAGCGAUUCAUUCCACCAGAAAAAAGUUUAAUUUCAUUCAAAGCUUUUAAUUUUAUUGAAUGUAAUUUCCGAGAAAUUGUUUAUUAUUUUAAGAUGAUUUUGUAUAGUAUUUUCUAUUUCUACAAAUCCAUUUAUGGCAACUUUACAAGCUUGUGUUAUUUUUUUUAAAUGUAUUUAAUCUGCUUGUUCAAUCCUCAUCCGUACCUAUAGAAUCGUUUUAAUAUUUCAUUUUUUUUAAUAUACAAACUUUAUACAGACACUUUAUGAUGAAUAAAUAAUUUUUACAACUCCAUUGAAAAAUAUUUAUCCACUAAAUCAUUUUGAUAUGGUCAUAACAAUGGUAAAUAUCAGAAAAGGUUUUGGGGAAAACUUGCAAAGCAUCAUCGAUAAUUUCGAUAUUUUGUUUGUGGAAAUUUUGAUAUAUUUAUAAAUAACAUUGAGUGCUUCAUUUAUUUUAUUAAUCACAGUGCAAUCGAUUCUUACAAAUCGGUAUAGUCUAUUACGUUGUAUUAUUGUACCUUCUGAGGGUAUUUUUAUAUGUUCACUGUCAGUCUCAAACUUUUUAACUUUUCAUUUAUAUUACAUGCCUCUCUCCCCGGUUAGGAUGUAUUUUAUUGAAGUAACAGUACAACAGAAUUUGAAUAGUAAGCAUAUAAACGGAUAUAUGUAGAAAAUCGUAUAUACGAUGUUUGCUCGAAAAUUGAAGUUGAAUAAUAACUUUAUAUUAAUAAAACAGAUAUUACAAUAUGGUAUCCUUCAAAAUACUCUCUCUGAGACAAGAUGUACUUCUGCCAACGCCGUUUAUUAUAUUGUUGAAAGUCUUUUCAGUUUUGAUGCUGUUCAGUUGUGGUUUCGUUUCUGCCUUGAGGACUUCCAGAUCUUUCAAAUGCCGUAACCUAAGCACCAUUUUGCAUUUCGGAAAUAUAAAGUCACAAAGGGCUAAAUCGGGUGAAUAAGGCGGGAGGUCUGUCACGAUUCAAAAACUGAAUGAGCGACGUGUGAGCGGGCGUAUUUUCGUGAUUCACCUGUCCCCUUGUGCCAAGUUCAGUCGAACUUGAUCCGCACGCGCUCUAAAACAUCUCACAAAUUCAACGUAAAAAUUUCCGUUUACUCUCUGGCUCUCUGGAGAUUUGAGCUUCACAUCGAACUCGUAAAACCAAGAUUCGUAUCCAGUGAUGACUCGGUUGAGGAAAUCCCCUCAUUCUCUGCUUCAAACCAGUCGUCACACGUCUCUCAACAAUCUUUGCUUUCUGCUCUGGAGUACGAUUUCCGCACACAAGUUUUUCAUUCCAAAUUUUUUGUCAGAAUUUCGUGAACGAUUGUUUCGGGGAUUAACAGCUCGUCAACUAUCAUCCCAACUGUCAAUUUACGGUCUUUAAGAAUACAAGUUUGCAUUAGAAUAUUUUUACCAGAACUCUAUGUCGAAGGGCGUCCUAGGCGAGCCUCCUUUCAUCUAUUUUCGGCCUUCCCGCAACCUUUUUAACCACUUUUUCACGGUUGGUUCCUUCAGAGAAUUGUCUGCGUAAAUUUUUUUCAAACAUUCACGACAAUUUUUGCACAGCUUUGUAUGAAACGUGAUAUUGAUGUGCUGUCCCUCAAUUAAGGAGAGCUCUCUGCUGACGGCAGGUGAAAAAGAGUAACAAGUAGCCGCUCACUCUUACUUACAUGCAGAGCGCUCUAAUGCAGCAGUGAAACCUGUAAAAUAAAGUUAUUAUUAAACUUUAAUACGUAUUCUCCAAUAUAUGGAUUUCUGUUAGUAUGUAUCACUUAUUUGGUAUCAAUAUAGUUGAAUCUUACUCUGAAAUUUCGUAUUCUACAUCAACGUUCACAAUUAUAUUAUCUGAUCCUUCGAGCUGGACGCGAAACAGCGACCUAUGCCAGGCUCGAAAGAUCAGUCAUUGUGAUCCUUGGUAUAAUAAUAGAAAAAAUCAUCAAUGUUUCAGAAAUUCCAGUAAUUUUUUCGUUAGACAACUGUGCUUAUAUUAACCCAUUAAUGCCCAACACUCUUUUUUCAAAAUCUUUUUUAAUUGAUAUUGUUUCAAAAUGGUAUUGAAUAAAUAAAUCAUCAUCAAUGGAGUUACGUCCAAGCAUCCAAAGUUGCUUAUGAUCAUUUAAGGAGUAAUUACUACCAAACAAUUCAGGAUUUAAAUCAGAUAAUGAUAUCAAAUAGUCUUGAAAUUUAUUUUUAAAAAUCUACAGUCUGAAUUAAAAUUUUUUUUAAUAUAUUUCUGAAAGUGUUUCUCCUAAAGUCAAAAAUCUAUAUUUUUUUUAGUUGUUGGUACCAAUAAAACGUUUCCGGUGGAGUGAAACAUUUCAUUAUAUUUAAUUUCAUUUUUCACUAUUAAUUGAUCUAACCAAUCCAAACCAAGCUGAAAUCUCCCUGUAUAAGCUAGGUGUGGCUCAUGACCUAUAUGUGGGUAUGAAUUGGUCGAUCAAAACGAUUCCUCCUAUAUGAACUAGAGUCAUUUGAAUAUAGAUUCUUUUAGAAUACCCAUUCGCGGAUUUUGGGGCCCUACACACAAUUAUCAAAACUGAAACGACAUUAUUGUUAUUUCAUUGGAACAUUCAAUUUCCCGUUGGAAAUCAUUUGACAUAUACCCCAUUCUUCUAAAGAAAAUUGAUGUUUAUAUCAUGUAGAGGUAGUUUUUUAUAAUUUACUUUAUUUUCACGUAAUGUCCCUAUUCCCACAUGACUUUUUUGUUAAGUUGAUAAAAGUUAUAUUCUCAAUUUCGAAAAUAUAUUUUUUUUCACACAUUUUCGUUGUAAAAUUCAAUUCAGAUUGUAUAUAAUAAAGAUAUAGCAAAAUACGAAAAAGUUUUUCAGUUUUUCCUGAAAAAAAGCAGCAAAUUUAGUUGCUUCAAAAUUUGAACAUAAUUUUUUGACCAUAGUAAAAGAAAGGAAUCGUAAGUAUGUGAAUAAUAGCUCUGUUAGAUGAAAUAAACUUUGCUUUUUCUAUAAUGAAAUCAAGCAGGUAACUGACAAAAAAAAGUUACCCAAAAUAAAUUCUUUCGCUAUGAGUCACAUGAUACUGUCAACUAAACCAUCUAUUGAUUUUUUCCUUCAUCCUUUUAACGUUUUUCUUAAAACUGAAAAUUUUCUAUUUUUAGAAAAUUCUGAAUUGUCAUGCAACUUUAGUUUCUGUUGGUCACUAAUGGGUUAAGAAAAUUUAGAACUUAAUAUUCAAUAGUACCCCAUUUUUUUACUGAUCGUUAGGUAUUGACAUUAACAAUUGGUUAAGUAGGAGUCAAUCUGAAGAAAUGCGAGUGAAUCAUUUUUUUGUAAAACUUUUAAGGGGCAACAAGACUGUAAGCCUGAUUUUUGAUGAUCAUUUUUGGAAUUUUUUUUCAAAAAAACUUUAUAUCAGAUACAAAAUCUAAUUAGAUGACUUUAUUAUAUAUGUUUUGAAGUAAUUAAAUUAAUUUUUACAGAGUGUUCAAAAACAAAAUGGCGUCAAUACAGAGCUAUAAGCAUAAGAGGAAUUUUCAGAGAAGCUCCACUACAACCAACUUUUCGUCGUAGUUUUUUCUUAAUGUUUGAAUUCAAAGCAAGAGAAGUACGUAGUGGUUUCAAAAACUAUCAAAAUUUAAGAAAAUGGCGGAAGUUCAAAAAAAAUUUUUCGUAAAAAAAAAAUAAUGAAAAAUCGGUCAUAUAACAGAAAGUUUUCAAUUUAUUAUUAAAAUCCUACAUAGUUUGGUAGAACUAGAAGUUUUGGAUCAAAAUUGGCUGAUUGUGGUGGUAGUGUUAAAAAAUUUAUUUCGAGAAAAACGCGCUUAAAGUUUGAAAACGGGACGACAAGCAUCAAACUGACGCUUCAUAAUCUCACUAGUACCACUCAUAGUUAGCCGUGUCUACUAUUUACUAGUAGAAAUAGUCGCUAAGGGAUAGCCGAGGCGGGUAAUCGAUAGACGCGCCGCGUUCACCCGAUCGCGCAGUAUACCUAGCGCCCGAUUCUCAUAACUAAGAGAAAAAUCUUUUUUUCGAAAAAUUAUUCGAGGGCGUCAUUUUUAACAUAAUUUACUAUUUUAGUUAAAAAAAAGAUAUUGACAUUUUACAGUGGUGUUACCCCUUAAAUAUAAUCUUGUACCCGCUAUAUUUUUAUUAUACUGGAGCUUUCUGUUAUUUUAUUCCAUUGAAGAUUUUUUUCAUAUUUUACAAUAUAGUGCAAGCGUCAGUAGUGAAUCGUUGGCGUUUUAUGAUUCAUGUAAUUUGAUAGUUUACUGAUUUCGUUCAUAUCUGCGGCUAUUUCUAUUCUAGUUAAUCUGUUAAGAAAAAUGUUUGAUAAAAUAAGAAUAAUAGAUGGUACAUAGUGUGGUUAUCACAUGGUAAUAUUGUUUAGUUUUUUUGAAUGUCUUUAGCCAUCAGAUGAAUCUAUAUGUUUAUAUUAAAGGCACUAUUCACUCAAUUACACUGUCUGGUCUUUCGAGCUUUUCAUACCCAGCGGACGGACCAGACAGUGUAAUUGUGAGUAAUUGCGUAAUUUUAGUUAUAGUGUGCUUAGUAUCAAUAUCGCCGACGGUUCCAGAAAUUCCAAUUUACUACGUUUAAUCAUACAUAUGUGUAAAUAACUGGAAUUUCUACUUGAUUUCAAAGUACUAUGGCGAAAAUAUGGAUUCCGUGUUAUGAACUGAUAAUAAAAUACGCUUUCCACUAAAUAAAACGGAUGUUAUUCACUGAUUAUAAGCUGAAAUUUCUUUAUAUUCAAGAUGAAAUUCAAUAACUAUUUGAAUAUGAAUUAUUAAAGUGUAACAUUUACAUAUUUUUAUUGGUGAAUAAUUUUGCUAUAAUAAUUUUUGAAAUGUUUAUAAGUUUAAAUUAUAAAUAAUGUCACUGUGGUAUCCACACUGUCAAGUUGGAAUUUCUGGAAUCGUUGGUGAUAUUCAUACUGAACACACUGCUUACACUACAACUACAAUUGCGUUUCGAUAAUCGUCUUCUGAGAGUGAAGGUAAAUUUAAACAUAAUAACUUUACUGAUAGGGAUAAAGGGUCAAUUCUGUACAGCCCACUCUAUAGUUUAGUAGUAUAAAUGUGCAGAUUUCCGCCAGAGGUUUUCCCGCUGGAAUUAAUUUUCGUGGGAGGUUUGCUGGUGGGAAAAUUCAAUUUAAAUCAGGUAAGUCAAGUAAUUAGUUUUUAGUUUACCUUCAGUUUCUGAAGACGAUAACUUGGUUAUCGAAACGCGCGUCAGACCGUGUAAUUGUGAGUGUUAAUGUAAUGUGUUCAGUAUGUAUCCACACUGUGUAUUGGUCUAAUAGCCAUUUCGUCUUAUAUAUCAUUUAAAGGCUCAAAAAGAUGGUAUCUGUCAAUUCCCACUAAUGAAAAAGCUAAUGGAAAUUUUAAUAAAAUUGGUUCUUAUAUUGAAUUAGUUGUUUUAUUGUGUUGUUUGUACAAUAAAUAUUUAAUAUUUAAUUUUUUAGAGCGGAAACUAUUCAAUAAUGAUGAAAUAAUAUUGUAUAGUGUCUGUAACUAGUUUUCACCAUUGAGAAAAUAGUGAACAAAACUCAUGGAUACAAUUGAAAAAUAAACGUUUCCUCAUUGAAAGUGGAAAUUGAUUUUCACAUUUGGUAUUUAGUGGAAUAAUGGUAAUGAAUAUAUAAAUUCAUGGCAAUAUUUGUACGUUUUCCUCUCAGUCAAAAUUUAUUUAUCAGUUGAAAAAUUCUUAGCUCCAUAUCAAAUUGAACAUUUUAGGCUCAACGUUGUAGAGUUCAAAUAAAAGCUUUGUAUAUAAAAGUUUUAUAUAUUUUUAAAAGUUAACUUAUAUUUCAAUUAAAAUAAAAUAAAAUUUUUUUACGUGCACAAAUUUUUAUUAAAAUGAUUGGCAGUAGCUGUACAACACUCUUGUAAAACACAAAAUUAUUAAAUGUAAAUUAGUAUUGCAAAACCGGGCUACAAGUUUCAAAUAUUUUGGCCCUUUUAUCAUUUUUAUCACGGUUAUUCUAAAAUAUACAAUUUUAAUAUAUUUUGUGUUAGAAAAUUAACUAAAUUUGAACAAAUGAUAUGUGGUGGUCGUUUGUGUGUAUUGAAAAAAAAAAUGGACGUAUUGUUUGAUGAAAGAUUUUGUAAUAUUUGUAGAAAUCAGUAAUAAAUACAUUUAAGGUGCUUACGACGUCUAAGUAAGGAUAAAACUAGACCAAGAAACAAAUUUUUUGAAAAUAUUGAUUGUAUUUGUUACCAAAAUUUUAAAUUCAUUAAUCCAAUGGAAAAAAAGAUCAAAUAAUUGAAUUUUUAUCCUAAAUGCUCAAAAUAUACCGUUUUGUUUACCAACUCCAAUUACCAGAGUUUUCAUUUGUUUUUAUCUUAAUGUUUUGAAGACUUUAGAUUUAGAAUAGUUAUUUAUGUGCUCAUUUAGUUAUACAGAAUAAAUUCCAUUACCAUUCAAAAGUUGCAGCUUGUUACGUAAUUAUCAUCUUUAGUACGCGCAUGUAGCUUUAAGUAGAAAAGAACAUUGAAAUUGAAAAAAAAAUUAAAUUUGUUUAAAAUAUAUUUCUACACCUUUUUUUCUGUCCAAUUGGAAUAGAACUACGAUAUGUAAUGGGUGUUCGAUGAAAAAUAAGCGUUUUAUGUUUUUUAUAUUAUCCUUAGGCCUGAAAUAGUGCAAAAUCAGCCAUAAUUUGAUAUUUCAACUAAAUUUUAUAAAUAAACUAAAAUUUCAUUUGAAAUACCUUGGCAUGGUCAAAAUGUUGUUCUUCAUUCCUUUUUUAUCGUGACCGGAUUGUUGUACAUGUUUUUCUUCUAAUUAAAAGAUAGUAAAUUUGUGUGCAGCUCUUACCGCACUUUGGGUAUGGCAAAGGAAAUUUCAUCAACUCUAACUCAGGCUAAACUUUGUUACAAAUUAGUUGUUCUAAACUCUCAUUUGACACAUUGUUCAAUGCUAGAGGAAGUGAAAGUUUGCAUUGAGACUAGUCAAUAAAGUUCAAUAUAAUCUGAAGCAGCAAAAUUUAUGUGACAAGUAUCUUAAGUACCUCGGAAGGUGUCAAUUCGGAUAUUUAUAACCUUAGUGUCCUAUUUGCACAAGUCAAUCACCUAGAAUAACUAAGGGACCAGAAUCUUUAACAGCGACAUCUGAAGGACACUCCUGUUUUCACUGCUUGAUAAAGGUCGAGAAGUAUUGUUGGUCCUUACUUAAGUUAAUUUUGGAUACGGUAAUAUCUUCACCUGUGAUCAUUUCAAAAUCAGCAACUGAACGUUUUUCACAGUCCACCAAAAGUUUGCCAAUUUUUCCUGAGAAGCUUGUUGGCCCAUCUACACUUUCAAACACAUGUCUUGAAGGAAGUUCAUUGAAGUGAAGAAAGCCAAUGAACCAUUGUACUGGGGGGCCAAGUUUAAUCUCGAUAUUACGUAUAACACCAUUUAAAACAUAUUUAGGAAUUGUUGGCAUUAAUAUUUUGAAGAACAUAUGUUACAGAAUGUUUUCUUAUUACCAUUGGACAAACAAAAAUUUAGAAAUAAAUUUGAAGCAAUUUAAAUUUUUAAUUUAAUUUUUUGUUCAAACUUUAAGCUACAUGCGCGAACUAAAGAUGAUAAUUUAGAUUAUUUUUACCGAAUUCUACGUAAAAAAUGCAACUUUUGAAUAGUAAUGGGAUUUUAAAACCCCAAAAUAUUUUUUUCGAACCAUCCUACUCCAGAAUUAUGUACUGAUAGUAAGAUCAGAAAUAAUGCUUUACGUAUACGUUGUUCUAAAAAAGUGAAUUGAAACUUUUUCUCCAAAUCAAACGAUUUUGAUCAUUUUAGUAUAAAUUUGGAGUAUUGUAAAGGGUUGUUAAUCACAUUUCUAGAAAUUAUCUUAAAAAUUGUUUCUUUAGAUUUUGCAAUAAAGCAUUCUGUUAUAUUCCCAGAUUUUGCUUUAUUUAAAUUGGAAAGUAUUUGUAUUUUACUAUAAUAGAAAAUGUGACAAAAUCCUCCAAAUCUACCCUGAAUUAGUAUGAGAUAGGUAGGUGGUGACAUGAAAUCAAUUAUCAUAGUUUUUCAUGUGCCCAAAAUUUAAAUUUGUAAUUAAAAUAUUUUUUUCAUAUUACCUAUGUACAUAAUUCUGGACCACCUUGUAACUUUGAAUACGCUAAAUUUUAUAAUGUAUCUAAAAACGGUUUAAAACGAAUUUUAUGUUUACUAGGUUGAGUUAAAAAAUAUUUUUUUACAAGUCACACGAAAAAAAUUGCUAGACUACAAAAAAUUCACCAAGUAUGAGAUCUUCAUUUUAAUAGGAAUAUUUUCCAUAUCGCAGUUUUUUAUUUUUGUCUUACUAAAGUAAAAAAAGUUUAUACUAGUCAUUAAUUGAUUGUACAGAAAAAUAUUCUUGUAGAAUUCUUAAUAAUUCGACAAUAAAUAAAUAUAUGUUUAAAUUUAGAGUUCAUAGAAAAAUUUUAUUGAGUACAGGCGAAUUGAUCCUUUGAUUUUCUCGGCUACAUUAGGGUGGGCUAAAAAAAACUUUCUAAGCUACUACGAAAAUAUCUUUCGAGAUGACGAAAAAAAAAUUCUGGUAUAGUUUGAGUAUUUAAUAUCAAUAAUUAGUGUCUUAUUGUGAUUUUUGGUUUCCCAUUUAAAUUACACAAUUUUUGUUCUAAAUAUUAAUGUAUUUCAACGAAUUAUUGUGUAGUAAAAAGAAAUAGAUAUUUUUGUAGGAAAUUAAAUGACCUACAAAAAAGGUCUGAAAUAGUUUUUCGCUAAGUCAACUCGGUUAAAUUGCAGUUGAAGUUCAACCUAAAAUAAUAUAUGACUUUCACAAUCUUUUGUAAUGCCCUACAAAAAAUGUAUUAAAAACAUAUUUUUCGAGAUUUUUCUCAUUUUUACUUUUUACAAAUUUAUUUAUACAAACUUAUGUUAUAUACCACGUUUCGAAUGAAAGCGUCGAAAACUGAUUUCAAAUAACAAAUUAAAAUCUUUACAGCGUUUCCGACUAUAUUAAAAUUAGUUGAAAUAAGUUUUUCUCAAACAGUUUGGGAAGAAAAAAUUAGAAAAAUCACGAAAAAUAUGUUGUUUUAUGUUUUUAAGACACAAGGAAAAAUAUAAGAUAUUUUUUUUGUAGAACAUUAAAUUUCCUACAAAAUUCUUCAAGAAUAUUUUUCUGUAUAAUCGAUUAAUGAUGAUGUAUUAAUUGUUUCUGAUGCGGAGGAUCAUUUUAUGAAAUUUACAAUUAAGGGCAUAUUUUGGUGAUAAUUUUUCUAACCAAUUUUUUAUAUCAGUACAAAAUAAUUGAAUUUUUUAACCCACCCUAAUGUCUACAGAGCAUUUCUUGACAUUUCCAAUUCCUAUUACUAUUUUGAAAAUGACCAUUAGAAUUUUCAAAUAAUUAUAUGAAAGUUUUGUACUUACCUUUGUGUAAUUGUAAAGUUGUUACCAAUUUUGUUGCCAUUUAUGUUAAGAUGGUUUCUUGUUGGUUGUAUAUUAUCAUGUUUUGGAUAUAUUUACAAAUUCAUCACUAGAUGUAUUAAUAAACAAUUCAUUUUUAAUUAUUUUAAAAAUUUCAUUUGUUUAUUAAAUUUUUGGUUAAUUAUUACAUAAAUCUAGCGAAUCAUUUAUAAAGAAUAACUCGAAAAUCCAUAAAAUGGUUGUAGUUACUUUAAAUUUUUUAAGGGUGAAACAAAUAAAUGAAAGAUGUAGAAAAAUUAGACCUUGGACGAAUAAAAACUUGCAGGAUUAUUGAAAAUUGACUUCUAUUCAAUCAUUUAUGUGAAUUUAUUAAUUCGUAUUACUAAAUUAGCUGCCGAAAUUUAUAUUAUCUUCUAAUUCUAUUAAUUUAUCACUCAAUUGCAAGUUAAACAAAUAGUUAAUAAAAUUGAUGAAUCUUAUUAUUUUCAAAACAGGUAGCUAUUUUUUUAUUUUUCCAAAAUAUUCACUAUUUCAAAUUUUGACAUUUCCAAAAUUGUCUUCCAAGAAUAUUUCGUUGUACAGUUUUCGUUCUAAUAAUUAUUUAUUAGGAUUGAAAUAUGAUUGCUAAAACUCGACAGGUAUUUUAUGGUUUUCUCGAAGAUUAUCACAAUGUAAUAACCUGAUACCAAACUUUGUAUCCAUUUGAUAAAAAAGUGAAGUAGAUUAACGAGGAGAAAUGAUGUUCACUUAAAAAUAUUAAAAAUCAAAAUUAAGAAAUGUAACAGUCUUAAACUAUCGAGUAAUCAACAAAAAUAACAAAAACCUAUAUCUUUGACCUACUAGUAGUGGAGGAACAUUAAAAAAAACAGGUUUGAGCGUCCCUAACUUUGUGUAAUGCCGCUUUGGGUUAGGAGUAAUCACGGUCUAACAUGUUUUCUAUGGAAUGUAAUUAUUAUUGAACACAUGAAUCACAGUUGUAUGCGUUUGGCGAAUCCCACCCAGAACAAAUAGUUUGAGCCUACAGUCCGCAGAUGGUGCAGCGAUACCACAACUCAUUAUUUUUUCCGAAUUCCUCGCAAAUAAUACAUUUUUUAUAAUUUUCAUCGUCUACAUGCAUUUUAUCAUCGCAAAGGUGCUCUUCAUCUCCACUCUUUGAAGAACUUUCUCGUCAAAUUUUUCUCUUGUAUGAUUUUUGUUUCUUCUUUUCUAUGUCAACUUUCUUUGGUUUUGAUUUAUCAUCUUUACCGGUCUUCUUGAGUUUCGCCGUUUUUUAUAAUCUUUGUCCUCUAAAAGAACUUUCAUACAAGUCGCAGCUUUGACCUGGCUUAGAAGUUGGUGUCUUUGCUAUAGAAGCCAAGGAUACCGUAGUUUUUUGCUUAUCAUCAACAAGUUCUUCGUUAUCCUUAUUUUAUGGACCUGCCAGAGGAGAUGUAUGUCCUGAAAUUAUGUCCAUACCAUCAGACGGCGCAACUUCAAAUUUCUGGACAUUUCGGUCUUGAUUUUCUAUUAUUAGUGACGCUGCCAGAAAAUGUUGAUCAGUAAAAAAUUCGGGUUCAAUGGGUAAAUUCCUUCGAUCAAAAUUGUUUUUGAUAUUGUUGAGCUGAGCAUACUGCUAAACGCCGAUCUGCGACAUUAAGUCCGUGGUAAAGCAAACCCAGCAACUCAACUUAUAGCUAUUUCAUUUUUUGCUGUUGGGUGAAAACUGGCUUACGACCUAGUAUUGGGUUGUUCGCUUUCAUUUUUUUAGUCGAUGUCUCAAGGUAUUAAAUGAAAUGUUAUAUUGUAUUAAGGCUUUUUUUUUGGACGUACGUCCUUCAAUCGCAGUUUUAGCAGACAGAAGGUUUUCUUCGGUCCAAGCUGCUUUAGCGGUGGUCCUUUGACGAUUUCUUGGCAUAUCUAUAACAAUACAAAAAUGAGUCAUAACGGGGUAAUGGCGUUCAGCUGAGCCGUCGUUUCGUAAAUAAUUUGAAAAUAAAAAAUCCAUACACGCUUAUUGAAAAUUGAUUUCAUUAUGACAAAAUUGGAUAGAUUUACUGUCAGAAAGUAAAACUAAUAACUAAAUAACAAUCAUAGUUCUUAACUUACAAACACCACGUAACCAAAAAUUAUAACAGCUCGGCCGCAAACAAAGAAACGCACUUCACGGACCGCUUGCAAUCGCUGUCUAUUAGAGGCCCCCGCGCGCGUCACUCGCAGUUUCGUGUUCCUACGUUGAAUUUUGUCAAGAGUUACAGAGGUGAGCACCAUUACCCAGUGAACGUCAUUCUCCCUCGUUACCGAUACUUAUAUUAUCCAGAUAGAUCACGUGCAUUCCAUUGAGCAUUCACGGCGCCUGAAAUACUAUUUUGGGCGUUCCACGAAGCGACUGACUACGAUCGUUGUGGUCAUGACUAACGUUCACGACGACCCUUGUCAAGAGAUGGGUCGAAGUGGGGGUUGAAAGAAUAAGCGAAAUUUUCAAAAUUUAAGCAACGCAGAUUGCAACCAUGAGAAUCUGUAUAAUUAUUUGAUGCGGUAUUGGAUAUUAUAAGAACUUUUGAGGCAUUCUAGUAACGCACCGCCAAAUAUUUUACUGUCGCCAUUAUUUAAUAUAAAUCGGUUAAGCAGUUCACUAAGAAAUUCAAUAACUUACAAAUUACAAUAUAACCUCUUAAAGCUUUCGCUUCAUUUUUCUAUUUUGCCAUUCGUGUGGAAGUGGAACGGGAAAGAUGGUGGUCAUGAACGUUAUUAUCAUGAGUGCUUAGUGGAAUGCCCCCAAACUGGGUUUGAACUAUGUAGUUGUACCAAAUCCAUAGCUACCAGAUUGAAAAGCAUUCACAAAUUCUUCUCAAUAAACAUCGUUUUCCAAACAUUGGACAAGCUAAACUACAUGUGUAUCCUGAUUAUAUCCUCAAAUCUAAUGCGAGUAUGAGAUGGGAUGGGGAAAAUAUAUGGGCCAUACCAGCGUAUACUGCUCGAAUAUUCGCACUCUCGAUAACAGACCUAGACAUAUCAAACCCCAAUUCAGCAAUUUAAAGGAAUCCGAUGAGUGUCUCUAAAUAAAAGAGGGCAACAAAAUCCGUAAUAAGACAAUAAUAUCGUCAGAACCUGACACAUCUGAAGGAAAUAACCAACUAAUUUUCGAUGCUUGGAUCUAAUUUCUGGAUAUAUCAAAAUCAAAAUUUAUAUUAUGCAUUCGGUGCAGGAUGAAAGCCUUUUAUAGAUUAUUCCACUCUGCCCUAUUCUAUUCACCAUUCCACAAUUAUGAAUUUGAAAGUCCCAUAUUUCCAGUGACAUUGUGGCCUCUUGCUCCAUCUUAUUAUAUCUCAGUAUCCAAAAUAAAAUUUUUGGUGGUUAGUCUGUUACUAUUCUGGCAAGGUUGUUAAAUCAUUUUCAUUUUAGCUUCUUUAUUCUUCGUAUUAUAAACGUAACUUUGGUUUACUCUCUAAUUAUUGUGUUUUUUCUACUAAUUUUUUCCACCAGGAAAAGUAUGGCAGGUCAUUAGCCCCACUUAUUUUGGUGAAAAAUUUGCAAUUAUAGCGAAACUUUUUUGUUUUUGUGUUUGAGUGACCAAGGUUUCUUUUUAAAUGUACUAUUUUUCUACAGUUUAGUUUUUAGUUGAGAUUGUUUAAUAUUUUAUUGACCUACAAGUUGAAAAAAAAAUCAAGAGAAAAUCUAGGUCGUGUUACAGUUUACUUAGACAUUACUAAAAAAACUUGUACAAUGUAUAUAUAAAUGUGUAAUUUUAAUUGAUAUCGUUAAAUUAUUUCUAUAAUGAUGAAAUGAUGAAUUUUUAUUUCUAUUGGAAUAAAUUUUUCUUUUGUCACUAAGAAAGCAGUAUAAAAAUUUUACAGCUGGAUAUAUUUUCAUCUUUUUUAUUUAUGCCCUGAUUCAUUAUGUAAUGUUAUCAAUAAACUCAUAAGUAUAAA